AGGAGGCAGCGGGCAGCUAGCCCGAGUGCCAGCCCGCGGCCGCUCCGCCGCCGCACCAGGCAGACGCGCGGGCGCCAGGCUCCGGCUUUGCGCUCGGAGCCGCCCGGCGCAUCGCAGGAAACCCUGGCUACCUCCUUUGCCCUUUUCUUGCUGGAUGGACCAGGAAGAUCAUCAGGGUGUGCAUGAACACCAGAAUUCCAAAGACAGAGGUAUGGGUUCUGACUUUGAGAACUCUGAGGACAGAGAGGCGGACCCAGAAGAAAGAGGAAUGGGCUCCAAUCCACAGGACGCAGAAGAGAGGGGCCAUCUGGAGCAGGAGAUGAGCUCCAACCCACAGGAUGACGAUCUCAGAGGGGACUCACAUGAGAGUGAAAUAGUGUCCACUGUCUGCCCAGAGGGGCUGCUGAGUGAGGAAGAAGGGGCUGUCCUCCGUGAGGAAGAAGACGACCAGCCUGGUGUGCCUGACAUGACACUGUUCCCAGGCCUGUCAGAAUCUGACAGUAUAUCCCGGAGUCCCCGGGGAGAGGAGGAGGAGGAAGAAGAGGAAGAGGAGGAAAGCGCCGGGGAGAACCGGCUGAUGGAGGAAGAUGAGCAGUUACCUCCUCCAGUGCUUCCCUGGAGGCGUCACCUCUCCCUGGGGGGUCGACACCGAGGUGACAAACCUGCCCACCGCCGUUUCCACCGGCUCCAUCACCCCAUGGCCAUGGACCUUGGGGAACUCGACAGCCUGAUGGCCAGCAUCAUGGACGCGCCCACCAUCUGCCCAGACUGCGGGGAGAGCUUCAGCCCGGGCGCCGCCUUCCUGCAGCACCAGCGCAUCCACCGUCUGGCAGAGGCAGCAGCGGUGGCCAGCCUGGAGCCCUUCGGCUUCGCUGCCGAUUGCGGUGGGGUGGUGGGGAUGAUGGGCAUGGGCGUGGCCGGCGACUUCGGGACAGGGUCCGCGCUGGCCCGGCCCCCUCGCGAGAAGCCCUUCCGCUGUGGCGAGUGCGGCAAAGGCUUCAGCCGCAACACCUACCUAACCAACCACCUGCGGCUGCACACGGGCGAGCGGCCCAACCUGUGCGCCGACUGCGGCAAGAGCUUCAGCUGGCGGGCCGACCUGCUCAAGCACCAGCGCCUGCACACGGGCGAGAAGCCCUACCCGUGUCCGGAGUGCGGCGAAGCCUUCAGCCUGAGCUCGCACUUGCUCAGCCACCGGCGGGCGCACGCGGCGGCCAGCGGGGCGGGCUCGGCGGCGGCGCUGCGGCCCUUCGCGUGCGGGGAGUGCGGCAAGGGCUUCGUGCGCCGCUCGCACCUCGCCAACCACCAGCGCAUCCACACGGGCGAGAAGCCGCACGGCUGCAGCGAGUGCGGCAAGCGCUUCAGCUGGCGCUCGGACCUGGUGAAGCACCAGCGAGUGCACACGGGCGAGAAGCCCUACAUGUGCUCCGAGUGCGGCGAGACCUUCAGCGUGAGCUCGCACCUCUUCACGCACAAGCGCACGCACUCGGGCGAGCGGCCCUACGUAUGCCGCGAGUGCGGCAAGGGCUUCGGCCGCAACUCGCACCUCGUCAACCACCUGCGCGUGCACACCGGCGAGAAGCCCUUCCGCUGCAGCCAGUGCGAGAAGCGCUUCAGCGACUUCUCCACGCUCACGCAGCACCAGCGCACGCACACGGGCGAGAAGCCCUACACAUGCAUCGAGUGCGGCAAGAGCUUCAUCCAGAGCUCCCACCUCAUCCGCCACCGGCGCAUCCACACCGGCAACAAGCCUCACAAGUGCGCUGGCUGCGGCAAGGGCUUCCGCUACAAGACGCACCUUGCGCAGCACCAGAAGUUGCACCUGUGCUAGGGCGGGGUUCCCAACGCGUCCCAACACUGGGAGUAGAUGGCUAGGUUACUGAUCCUGCAGAUGUGGGGGAAGAAGUGGGAGGGACAGCCUAAGAGUGUCUGGGAGAGCCUUUUAAUGUUUGCUCCCCUCUCCCAGGGAACGGUUAAUCAGAGUUCUUAUUUCGAGGUGCCUGCCUCCUCCAUCGAAGUAACUCUUAGGAGAUGUGCUUGACUUGAUGGCUUACUUAAAUACUCACUGUAAGGAAUGAAAAGCUUGGGUGAACAGACGCUUGGAGGAUCCCCGAGGAAGGGGAUUUGGGACUGGGUAGAGAGGGUUGAACUGCCGUGUUUGUGGGAACCGGGAGAGGUGAUUGGUUUAGAGUUAUGGGGGUACAAAAUUACGCGGGCAGGAAUAAGCCUGUGACACCCCUCCUCUCAGCUUUAGUCAGACCCUUCUCAUCGCUACAGAAGAGGGUGCUUAGUAUCCACUUCCUUCCCUGUGAGCCACAGUUAGCUGCUAUUUUGAGACAUCCAGGGAAAAUUGAGCAGAAAAACUGCACAGUUACUUCAGGAAGCAACCUUGGAUUUAGACAUCCACUAGCAACUGGUUCCCAGAUUUGUUAGGAAAUCCUGCCCUUGCUUCUUCAUGUUGAUUCAGGGUUGCCUAGGUGGAUGGAUGACCCUGACCCCCGUGUAAGUCAGGACGUGGCCCGUCUUAGUCCGGCUUGGUACAUGAAGACCAUCAACAGCUGCCUGAGAAACCUGUUCACAAAAGGCAGCCAGCUCCGUUUUACUGGCUUCACGUGGAAAUGCAAGAAUGCUGAGUUCAUAGGCUGGGAUGCCUUCAUUUGCAUGUGUGUGACCCCAUGAACCCCAACUUCCCUCACAAGUUAAUGAGGGAUCUAGUCCAGACAGGGGCGUCCCCUUUCCCCUCCACAUAUGAGAGGCACGGAUUUACACGUGGAGAGGAGAGACAGGGAGAGGUGGGAAUGCAACAUGGCCAAAUAGCACAAACGAAUGUUUUCUAGUUACACAGUUGCCAAAACAGCACUUUCGUAUUUACAAAGUGUUUUACGCUUUCUAAGGAUUGCUAGUGUUUCUCACAUGCUCAGGAGGUCAAUCAGUAUUACAAACUCUGGCUUGGGAAAAUCUGGGGUCGGAGUGUGGCGAGCCUCCUGAAGGAAGGCUGAGGACCGUGGAUGGUGGAGCCUGACCUUUUGUGUUCUCCAGCUCGGUUGCUAGGAUGAGUUACGUUCUCUGAUUUAUAUAAUACUGCGAGAACACGGAGCAUUUUCGUGCUUGAUGGGAGACAUAAAAGCCUAGAAGGACCAAAGAUGUCCUUAUUGACAAAGCUGGCCUUUGUCGCCCGAUUCCAGUGUCCUCACUAGGCUCUAUUUCUAGUAGGGAGCUGUAGGCAGAUGACUUGUAUAGAUUUUGGUUACACUGAAAACCCUCCCCUAGAUUAGCCUGUAGAUGUCAGUGUCGUGGCAGGAGUUGAAGUUACCGUCACUGAAACUUAUUACCCUAGACUGUUCAUGGAGCCUCCAACUGUUGGACACAGUUGAAGGGGAAAACUAGAAGAUUGCUUUUACAGUUUUAGUGAAGAUUCUGUGAAUGCUAGUGAUUUCUACUUGACCAUUUGUGUUUUAGUAAUGAUCUUCUUUACUGUAGGGGGCUGUAGGAAAGCAUGUUUUCUAUCAUUCUAAGAACAAUCUGGAGAACAUCCGGGCUUGUAUAUUGCCUGCUGAUCAUGUCCACUGAAUCUUUUUAUUGUUCAGAGAUACUCACACUAGGGAGAGUUUUUAUUUUAUUUUUAUUUUUAUAUAAAAUGCGAGCUCUCUCCGGUCCUCUUUGAGUGAAGAGUUACAUGUGCAGUCUGUGCCCAUUCUUUAUUCUGACUCUUGUAGUCUGAAUGCAAAGUGAAUGAGACCACUUAAUACAGGCAAUUUGUAAGUAAUCUUUAAUUUUUAAUUUCUUUUUUUCUUUCUUCUUUCUUUCGA